AUGUUUACGAAGGCGCUUCUCCUCUUGCUGCCAGCAUUCGCGUACGCACGGAUCAGUAUUGACAUACAGGCUGGGUCCAACGAACAGAAUGCCAAAAUUGAGUACCUCGGCUCCAAUGUUGAUAUUAUCUCUGAUAAAGAGCGGGGAACUUGGCAGAUUACUGAUUCGAAGCUAAAAGACGCGGCUAGGGCAUACUCUGGUGGCAGACCAGACGACGUUUACGUCAGAAGCCCAACCCCAUGGAACGACUUGUACACCAGAUAUGGUUGGCAACAAGUACAAAGAACUUUACUCCCUCGCAACGCCAGGAUUCUGGGCAUCAAAACCGAGCCAGUUAUCGUUAGCACCCAGGAGUUCGUGAAUAACAGCACCAAAAAGGCCAGUUACAAUGCUGGCAUUACCCAGUCUGUUGAGGAGACGGUGUCCAACACUUGGAGCAAGGGAGGUGAACUGACUGUCGGGCAGGAGAUCACUUACAGUAUCAAGAUAGGAGUAGGUGAGGUCGGAGGCACCACAUCGAUAUCUUACACCUCAUCCUGGGGCGAGGAGACGACGAAGUCUAAGUCAGUCACUGUUGGCUCCCAGUCCGGAGUCACUAUAGAUUUGGACCCCGGUCAAUCUGUCCAGGUCACCCUAUCAGCCACGAGAGGAACUAUGGAAGUACAGGUCGAUUACACGGCACAUUUGGAUGGUUUCGCCGCGUGCAACUAUUCUGGAAGAUACAAUGGGCAUUACUUCUGGGCGUAUGACAUAAACGCGUGCCUCUCAGCCGCGGGCCUCCCGCGGUCCGUCGACUCCUCAGAGGUCAUCAAGAUUGGCUUCUAUUCCGACGCUAAGGUUGAAGUGUCGGAUAAAAAGUCGAACAAAUUACUAACUCAAUUCAAUGCUGCUUUCUACUGA